CCAAUGGCAGGUCAGCCCAUGCAAGACGUCCAACCGAUUCGACGUUGCGUUCCAGGAAGGAGUGACGUCAUCUGUGCGCGCUGUAUUUGGCCUCGGGAGGGAAAGACCGCGAUGCCGGAAUCGGAGACGGUGUUAGGAAAGCGGGAGCUUUUCUUCGAGGAAGAAGACCUACAGUAUGAAGAAGAGAUCUUGCGAAACCCAUUCUCUGUCAAGUGCUGGAUCCGCUAUAUUGACUUCAAGCAGAAUGCUCCCAAACAUAUCCUGAACCUGAUCUAUGAGAGAGCUCUUAAGGAAUUGCCAGGAAGCUACAAGCUGUGGUACAACUAUCUUAAGCAGCGACGGAAACAAGUGAAGAGCAAAUGUGUAACAGAUCCCUGCUAUGAAGAAGUGAACAACUGCCAUGAGCGUGCCCUGGUCUUCAUGCAUAAGAUGCCCCGGAUAUGGCUAGAUUACUGCCAGUUUCUUAUGGACCAAUGUCGCGUUACCCGUACCCGCAGGACGUUUGACCGGGCACUCAGAGCUCUGCCCAUCACACAGCAUCAUCGUAUCUGGCCACUUUACCUGAAGUUUGUGCGACUCUAUCCAUUACCUGAGACAGCUGUACGGGUCUACCGUAGGUACCUAAAGCUGAGCCCUGAGAAUGCAGAGGAAUACAUUGAGUAUCUGCACUCUAUUGACCGUCUGGAUGAGGCCGCUGUCCGUCUUGCAGCUGUGGUGAAUGAUGAGCGUUUUAUUUCCAAGGAGGGAAAAUCCAAUUAUCAGUUAUGGCACGAGCUCUGUGAUCUCAUCUCUCAAAAUCCAGACAAGGUGAAGUCACUCAAUGUGGGGGCCAUCAUCCGAGGUGGCCUGACUCGUUUCACAGACCAGUUGGGCAAGCUGUGGUGUUCUUUGGCAGAUUACUACAUCCGCAGUGGCCAUUUUGAGAAGGCUCGUGAUGUAUAUGAAGAAGCUAUUCAAACAGUGAUGACAGUACGGGAUUUCACUCAAGUGUUUGACAGCUACGCCCAGUUUGAGGAGAGCAUGAUUGCUGCUAAGAUGGAGACCACCUCUGAAAUGGGACGUGAGGAGGAGGAUGAUGUAGAUCUGGAACUGCGUCUGGCACGCUUUGAGCAGCUGAUCGCACGCCGGCCUCUGCUUCUCAACAGUGUCCUCCUGCGCCAGAAUCCUCACAAUGUCCAUGAGUGGCACAAGCGGGUGAAGCUGUAUGAAGGCAAACCCUGGGAGAUCAUCAACACAUACACAGAAGCAGUGCAGACCGUUGACCCAUUUAAAGCCACUGGAAAAACACAUACUUUGUGGGUUUCUUUUGCCAAGUUCUACGAGGUCAAUGGACAGAUAGAAGAUGCCAGGACAAUUUUUGAAAAGGCCACUAAGGUGAACUUUAAGCAGGUGGAUGAACUGGCCAGCGUCUGGUGCGAGUAUGGUGAGAUGGAGCUGCGGCAUGAGAACUACGAUCAAGCCCUGCGUAUCCUGAGGAAAGCUACAGCUAUCCCAGCUAAGAAAGCAGAAUAUUUUGAUUCCACAGAGCCUGUGCAGAACCGUGUAUAUAAGUCCCUCAAGGUUUGGUCCAUGCUGGCUGACUUGGAAGAAAGUCUGGGCACUUUCAAAUCUACUAAGGCUGUAUACGAUCGCAUUUUGGAUCUACGCAUUGCCACUCCACAAAUCAUCAUCAACUAUGGUCUGUUCCUGGAGGAGCACAAAUAUUUUGAAGAGAGCUUCAAGGCGUACGAGAGAGGCAUCUCCUUGUUUAAGUGGCCAAAUGUUUACGAUAUCUGGAACACCUAUCUAACCAAAUUCAUUGACCGCUAUGGUGGCAAGAAGUUGGAGCGUGCUCGGGAUCUUUUUGAGCAGGCGCUGGAUGGCUGUCCCCAGAAAUUUGCAAAAACCAUCUAUCUCUUAUAUGCCAAGCUGGAGGAGGAAUAUGGGCUGGCCCGCCAUGCCAUGGCUGUGUAUGAGCGAGCUACUCAGGCUGUUCUGCCUUCAGAGAAGCAUGAUAUGUACAACAUCUACAUCAAGAGAGCAGCUGAAAUUUAUGGCGUCACCCACACACGUAGCAUCUAUGAGAAGGCGAUUGAGGUGCUAUCAGAUGAACACGCUCGGGAGAUGUGUCUGCGCUUUGCCGAUAUGGAAAGCAAAUUGGGUGAAAUAGACCGAGGUCGGGCAAUCUAUUCCUAUUGUUCGCAGAUAUGUGACCCCCGAACUACUGCCAACUUCUGGCAGACGUGGAAAGAAUUUGAGAUUCGGCAUGGGAACGAAGACACUAUCCGAGAAAUGCUACGCAUUAAGCGAAGUGUGCAGGCUACUUACAAUACUCAGGUUAACUUCAUGGCUUCUCAGAUGCUAAAGGUUUACAGCAAUGCCACAGGCACAGUGUCUGACUUAGCACCAGGACAGAGCGGCAUGGAUGACAUGAAGCUCUUAGAGCAGCGAGCGGAACAACUGGCAGCCGAAUCAGAAAGAGAUCAGCCUCGAGCUAAGGAGAAGAUCUUGUUUGUCAGGAGUGAUGCUUCCCGCAGUGAAUUGGCUGAACUUUCCAAGCAGGCCAACCCUGAUGAGAUAGACAUUGAUUUGGAUGACAGCAAUGAGAGUGAAGACAAUGAGCCUGAUGAGGUGCAGCUGGAACAGAAGAGUGUCCCCUCUGCUGUCUUUGGUGGCCUUAAAGAUGACUGAGCUGUUUGUUAUUAGUGAACUGCUUCAAGCUGGAGUAGAGACAACACCUUCCUGGUUAACCAGUGUGCCCUGUAAAGCCUUUCUUUGUGAUUGUGUAAGCUGCUGUUCUUCUUGGCAACUCGAACAUAAUAGAGAAAGAAGUGAUUUAUAAAAUGCUGUUGAUAGUUGUAUUG